UAACUACAAUACGAACCAAGUAUCCGCCAAAGCUAUCCUUCCUGAACAAGAACCUUGAAGUGAGCAAUCAAUUUACAUGGAAUUUGAUGGAGUGUUGGUCAAGGAUGACGGCCCUCCGGGUGGGAAAGCCUAGCGACGAAGAGAUGCAACAGCCGACGAUGCCUUCAUAUCCAAACGCGAUAGGUGAAGAGCUUAGCAGAUGCGCGUACAGCAUUCUUGACUCGUCUGAAAGAGUCGACAGGCUUAAAGACUUGUCGUUAAAAGCUGCUGGUCACAAUCUUGUACCAUGUUUUCCAGAAACAUAA